CAUUCGUUUCCAUCACUGCGCUGCGCCGCGGUGCUCGCCAUCCUCCUCCCCCUUCCUUCCUCUCUGUAUCUACUCAAAAGGAGUGCAGGGCAAAAAGAAUCAAUAGAGAGAAGGCGGGGCAUGAACCCACGCACGCACGCACGCACCAAUCCGAGCAUCCAACGCUCCCUUCAUCCUUUGUAUAAAACCCCGCGCUGCGCCCAGCGCCAUCCAUCCAUCCAUCCAUCCGCUCUGCUCCUCCCUGCUCUCCACCGGCCUGCUUGCUCGCUCGCCGUCUGCAAUUCUUCUUCGCCAAGAUCAUACCAUACCACACACACACACCUCGCUGACUGACUGAGUAGGAUGCCGUGGGUGUUCUUCCAUGUCGCCCUCUGAUCAUCGCCGCCGCUCCGCCGAUCGGCAGCGCUCCACGAGGACAUGCGAGCUGGGUUCAACGGGGCUGCCGCGAUCGUUAUGACAAGUGGCGCCGUCGCGUGUUACUACAGAUUGACGCAACUCUGCCAGGUGAGGACAGAGCCUCGCGCACCGAAAAACUAGCCGAAUACUUCCGCCAGCUGCUCAAGCCUGUGACGUAGAUUCGGCCACAAAAUCCCACACAUCAACCAGACAUUCCCUCCAAAACAGCCUCAAACUCACACACUAACCGAAUCAAUUUUGAAUUUGAACCAGAGAAAGUCAGUCCAGCUCCAGUUAACCACAAACACCCUUGAAUUCUUCUUCUUAUUCGUUUUCCUUGAAUUCUCCACCAAACCCAUCCAUCCACAAACACAUCUCUCUCUAGGAGUUGAGCAGCUAGCAGCAACGAGCGAAGUGAUGCAGGGAGAUCCAGGCUACGGGUACGGUGGCUACGGCGCCGGCUACGGGUACGGCUAUGGCGGUGGCUACGGCGCCGGCUAUGACAUGGCCGGGUACGGCAACGGAGCCGGAGGAGCGUACUACACCAACGACCGGUACCCCGCGGCGGCGCCGCCUGCCUAUGAGGACCCGCUCGCCGGUCGGAGGCAGCACGACUUCCCGGCUCCGCUCACCGGGCUCGAGUUCCAGCCGUCGGAUACCUGCCCCAAGAACUACGUCAUCUUUGAUCAGACCUAUGACCGGAGCAGGGUGAUGUACCACCCGUCGCUGGCCAACAACUUCGGCUCCUCCGGGGGCUACGACCAGCAGCACUGCAACAACGGCGGCUACGAUCAGAACUACGUCGGCAAGAGCACCUACUACGGCGGCGACCAGGACGGCGGCGAGUGCUCAAUCCGGCAGAAGGAGGACACCGACGAGAUCGACGCGCUGAUGAGCUCCGGGGACGGCGACGAGGAGGACGACGUGCUGAGCACGGGUCGCACGCCCGCGUGCCGCGGAGGGGGCUCGCCGGACUCCACCUGCUCCUCCGGGUACGUGGUGAGCGUCAGCCCGACUGGCAACGCCACCGGCGCCGGCGGAGGCGGCGAGAGGAAGAAGGAACGGAUGAAGAAGAUGAUGAAGACGCUCAAGGGGAUCAUCCCCGGCGGCGACCGGAUGGACACGCCCGCCGUCCUGGAUGAGGCCGUCAGGUACCUCAAGUCGCUCAAGGUGGAGGUGAAGAAGCUCGGGGUGCGCGGAUCAAGAAGCUAGGGAGGGAUAGCGACCUCACAUGGCAAUGCAGGUCGAGCCAAUGAUGGAGGCAGAUAAGACGGGGGAGUUGGUGCUCGCUCCUUUUUGCACUGCCAUGAUGCCAUCCCGUGGAGCUCUCGAGGAUCAGUGGAAAGGAAUGAUAUGGAAGGAUUCAGUUGCCGCACGCGCCGAUCUCUCGCCCCCCUCCCUCCCUCCCUCUAGCUGCGUGCGUGCCUGGAUUGUUGCUUUGCUUUUGUAGAAGUUGCUGCUUUUCUUCCCCCCCUCCCCCUCCCUCUCCCUCUCGUAUCUCUAGGUGCCGGCUGGUGUUGUAACUAGCAUGCUGAUUAUAUACACCGUGUUUUUGUUUAUCCCCGUCAUCAUCCCUCCCCCUGGGCUCCGCUCUACUUCUAUAGAGCUGGCUUACCAUGUUCUUUCUUGUUCUUUUAUUUUUUUAGCAAGGCAAUGGCUGUUGAAUCCCCUGCAACAGGACUUGAAUCCCUUAUUGGGGCGAAAAAUUGCUGUAGGAAUUUCAUAUGAUGGGAGCUUAAGAUUUAUUAAAAAGAUGCAAUUCUAUGAA